GUCAGCCGCCACAGGUAGACGGACAGAGAGAGCGCAACGUCGUCGUCGUGGUCGCCGUCGAACUGGUUUUGCGUCCCAGCUGCGGCGAGACGAGCAACCGCGAUUCCCGACUACGAUAACGAAGCCGCGCGAGGCGAAGAAAAAAGUGUUUCCCCGUAGUUGUGGUGUCCGACCGAGUGAGAACAGCUCCGAGGGUUUCGUGCGUCGGCCUGAGUCCCUCAGAAUCUACGAGAACGAGAGAAAAAAAAGAAGAGAUUGACGCUGCCCCCCUAGUGAAGAGCGACCCGGGAGGUGGUCCCACGACUCCGAGAAGCGACGUUAAGAAAAAUAACGAGCCAUGCUUCGACGUCGACGAUUCGCAGAGGCCGCGAUACCAGCGCAUCGAGAGAGUCAAGAUCGCCGUCGCUGAAAACGUGGUUCUUUACGACCCGGUGCAUCUCAACGCCAGUUUCGCCGCUUUCCUCAUGUGAAUGAUAGAGAAGCACGUCUAGUUCGACAACGAUAUACACGUAUACCACGCCAGUGUGCAGUGCGCCGGUUUCGUUUCGUCUGAUUUCUGUUUCUAGUGCGUCUCCGUUCGCCACUUCGGUGAUUUUCGACUUCGUCGUCGCCGACGUAGGCGCCUGUGAGAUUUAUUUUUGCACCGGUGGGUUUUGUGGUCGUCGUCGCUUCGCAUGUGAGCCAAGCUUUGGCUAAAAAAAAAAUUGUUUUUGUCGCCGUCCAGUUGUGUGACAGACCGCUGAGAAGUCAUGGAGCGAGCAACGUCUGCGGUCGUUUCCUACCUGUUCGUCGCCCUGUGCUUCGGAAUGGCCAGAAGCCAGACCAAGCAGGAGGAAGUGACCGAGUUCUCGCCAACAGUGUCGGCCAACUGUGACAAGGGCUUCAUGACCAUCUCGGUGCUCACCGAGGAGCCCUUCAACGGCAUCCUGCACACCAGGGACACCAAUGACCCUCGGGGCAUCGUCAAGGAACUGCGCCGCAGCCCCUGCAUCGCGUAUGGCACGGGGGGCCGAAACACCUCGCUUCGGAUCUCCCUGUUCCCGGGCCCCGACGACGCGCUCUACUGCGGCGUCAGGAAGAAGCAAGGCACAGAGGAGCGUUCAGUUGCCAUCUCCAUUCGUGUGCACAAAGCCCUGGAACUCUCGGAUGACAAAUCUUACGUCAUCACCUGCGGCAAGAACAACUUCCGAAAUGCCAGGAACGAGCUCUACAGGGUUUCCCUUGGAUUCCUAGACGAACAGAAGAGAGUGCACGAGCUAGUAAUGGGGCACCACUACACACUCAGGGCAAGUGCCCAUGGCCCUGGUGAAACUGGUGGCAUCGUGGUCAGAUCCUGCUUCAGUUUUGCAUCCAAUACCAGUGAGGAGGAGCUCAUAGAUGCCAAUGGGUGCCCAAAGACCACAUUCCUGUCGGCAUUCAAGUACAACGAGACAUCAGACACUGCAGAUGCAACAGUGUCAUCCACAUUCAGGUUCCCAGGAAGCAACAAAAUCAACAUUCAAUGCGACAUCGUUCUCUGCCAGUCAUCUCGGUGUCCAGUGUCCAGCUGCGGGGCAUCUCCCGACGGUGGAGGUACCAAGUCGCUCCCUCAAGUCAAAGACAGCGAGGCUGCUGUGCAGUUGAUGGCGUCAACAUCUGUCUUUGUGGUGGAGCCUGGGGAGAGCUCAAUGUCGGCGCCCCUGCGCGAGUGCACAGAGUGGCGUUUCCCGUGGCUUAUCGGCCUCUGCAUCUGCCUGGCCAUACUGCUGCUCGUCAUGCUCAUCGUCAACAUCUUCCUCUGCUCUUCGUUGACCUGCACAUGCACCAAGACAGAGGUUGAAGAGAAGGAACCGUCCGAGAUGGAGGACUACGACCCCUACAAGGGCAGCUGGGUACCAAGCUCCCAGUACGGAUCCCGGACAUCGCUUAACAAACCAGGCUACACCUCCGGUGGCUCCACCCUCAACUCUGCUCGAUCAGUGAGCAAUGGAAGUGACCACUACACGAUCGUUCACUCUAGGCCUAACAGCCGCUACUCGCACCACUCGAGCAAAGAGCCACUCCACCGAAAUGGUCCGCCAUCACAUAUCUCCAAUGGACACUACAAUUCCAGAAUAUGAUCGCCCCCCCCCCCCCCUUUGGACAACGCAAAAGACUGACAUGCGUGUGUUUUAUUGUGCUUCCAAGGGAAUUGCUGUUAGUUUUUUUAAGACUACUAUUAGUUUAUUUUUAAGAAAGAGUGACACUGACUGUGGACAGCUAUGUGUGGCAGCUCUUGCAAUAGCAAAUUGUAGCUGCUUUCAUGUGAAACGCUAUAUACUUAGUACUAAUGAUGCAAGCAUUGUUGCAAGCUCAUACAGGCUAGAUAGAAGUCAGCUUUCUUUUUUCUGUGCAUUCAUUACCUUCAACUAGGUAGCUGGCUUAAGGUUUAGGAAAGGAAAAAACUCAGCAUCCUGCUGUACUUUGGAGGUUUGACCUGCAACCCCGAACAAGGAUGCACAGCAUUAUGAAAUGAACACAGCAUGCUGUUGUGCCCCCUAAAAAAAAAGUCGGCUACGAUACUUCAGUUAUGAGGUUGCGAACUUUUUUUUUUUUUUUUUUUGGGGGGGGGGGGGGGGUUAAAUACAUCUCAAGACAAAAGACAAUGCAAAAAAAAAAAAAACGGAAUAAAAAGAUGACAAUACUACUGCAGAUCAUGUAUUAGCCCCCUCCCGUUAAGAAGUGCAACAGCAAACAUACCGGACCCCCGAAAAACACAGAAAGAAGUAUAGAAAGUGAACAUAAUAUUCAAUAUGCAAAGUGACAUAGACUGCAACAAUGCUGACAGCUUGUAUCACAGUGCACACAACGCGUGGUCACUGUGCAAAGUGAAAUGAAGUCAAGUGCUGUACAAACCAUACAUUUGCUCGUUCCACAUUCGAGGCAGCACAAACUUCCUCCGCCUUUAUAUUGUUGCGUUGUUCAUAUUCUUCGAAACACCUAGUCCUCACUCAACGCUUCAUGUAAAGUUUACGCCGCACGUCUUUAAAAAAUUACUUGUUUUUUUGCAUAGACUGUGUUUUCUACAACCAUUCCUCAGGCAAUGCAGCGUUUAUUAUACCUUUUCUUUGCCAUGAAUGUUUGAAAUGAUGGCAGCAUAGCAACCAAAUGCAGAUGACGGCUUUCCAUGAUUGCCUUCACACAUGGAGCAUUUCUCUAUUAAUUUAUUUAGCAUAGCAUGCAUAUGAGAUUCUUUCCCAAUGAUACAUUUUAAUUUCGUUAACCAUCCAGCUUUUUGUGCAUUCCGCAUCAUCCGUCAAAGUUCCAACAUGCCAACAUGUCGGUUAAGGCAUUUGAAAAGAUGUGUAAACAGAAUCCGUAAAUAACCUUUCUCAUCACAACUAGGUCAUACAAACAGCUCUGACUUGCUUUUGCUGUUUAGAAAGCUCUCUGAAACGUGCUUUAUUAGAGUUGGACAGAGUACUUCCAUCUUGUAUGAUGAAAAAGAAAAUUUUUGUUACAAAAAAAGAAAUUGGUAUGCUUUACUGUACAGCCUGUUCUAAAGAGUGAAGUGUAUUACAUUUCUGCAAUGUGAUUGACAGUACAUUUGGCACAGCCUUAAGGUUGUUACACAUAACAGAAUGAAUUUCACAUGCGAGGCCAAUGCAUGAAAUAUGGGCCCACAAAACCAGCGUAAAUUAAACUGGCUCAUAAAUGCAUUGUGACAGAAGCCAGAAAACCGUGAUAGCGAACGGUUGACAUUGAUGACUUGGACAAACAGAAAACACAGGAUUACAGCACGCUCAACCAUUCAUGCACUGCUUUUUUUUUUUUUUUAGGAAUACAAUUACAUUGCGCAACUUCAGUAACAGUGCAAGUAUACUUAUGUCCUGAAGCAAUGCUGAUGCUAAUUGUUCAUACGUGCAUUGUUUGCAAAGCACAGGCACAAAACAUUCCCAAAGAGCAUCCACCUACUGUUGGGAAACCUGUGGCCAAACCAAUGAAAUUUUUAACAAGGAAUAUGCAUCCUGUGAAUUUAAUUAUUCUUAUUUAUCAAGCACUAGCCAAAAUUUGGUUGUGGCGCAACUUGCACCGUCGCUUGGCUUUUCUUUAUUUUUAUUAUUUAUUUUUAAACAAAAAUGCAUUAUUUCACUUACAUGCCCAAAGCUCAAUCUGACUGCUCAUGUGCAAAAUAUUCACUUUUGUGUGUAACAGAUACAAUGAGCACAAAUUUCAAUAUAAACAAAGAAAGGUAAGAAGGUUUAUGUGUGGCAACCUGGCAUUUCAUAGCAUGUGUAGGUGUUUGUUAAGCAAACCGCAGGCUUUUAAAAUUUCACGUCCAAGCCUCCCUCACCUUAAUGUAACGUGCAGUCUUAGGUGAGCAAUCUUGAAGAUACAUUUUUGUUUAUUCUUGCUUGUUCGUGUUACAGUUUACGCUGGUAGUGCAACACACUACCAUCUAAUUCUUCUUAUCCUGAAACAUAUGCUUCCAUUAGUGACGGCUGUUUGAGCAACCUUAGGGAAAAAGAAGAUAUAUAUAUAUAUAUAUACAUAUAUUUUUCUCCAUGUGUGUCUGAUGUCUGUUGAUAAUUUUGUCACAACGUGCCAUGACCUGUUGCACAGUGCUUGUCAAACAGCACUAUGUUCAACGCUAUUUUUACUAACACUGUUUUUACAGCGACAGCUAUGUCCUCGUCUAAGGUUGUGCAUGUUUGUAGCUAGAUGGAAAUCAAAACUGGACAAUUCAAGCAGUGCAAUUUCUGAGGCUUGCUGUGUCGUAAGAGAGCAUUCUAAAGAAAUGUCCGGCUAAAUUCUAGAGCUGUAUUAAAAAAAAAUGCAGGUACCUCAGAGCUGUCGGGCUGACACUUGUAUAAUAAUGAAAAAUCUCAACAUAGACAGAGCAGUACAUAAUGCAGAAAGCCAGGUUAAUAGGACCUUCAACAUCUGAGACACUUCCAGUGCUUCGGGGAGAAAAAUAAACUCCUAAGUAAAACACCUAAGUAAAACACAGAAAGAAUAAGGACAGUCCUGUUGUCAUUUCUGUGUUUCUUUAAGGUGUUUCUUUUGUAAACAUAGAUGUUCACUUUACAGGAUAUCAGCUGUGUACUUUAGAAUUGCUUUUAAUGCCCCCAAGGAGUCAUACCGAUAGUUGUUAAAUGGCUGUUGUAGUUUAUGGUAGUGAAUGAAUGUUCGCUUAAUCAAAAGAUUACAUGUUUCUUUUUUAACAUUGCACAUCUGUACCGAGUACAGCGAGCUCAGAAAAACGACAUUGUCAAUCUUAAAGCACAAUGUUGUCGCUCAAGAAGGCCAGCAGAAAUUCAUGUUGGCAUCUCUGCCUUUACCGUAACAUUUCCAUCGUCAUGUGUGUGUUUAUGCAAUGCCUUACCGUGUUUGCGCAGCAGCGUGUGUAAAUAUACUUUUUUUCUAAAUGUGUACAUUAAAAAUAAGUCUUGUUUUA